CGUUUGUCCCAACUCGGCCGCCGUCGCACCGCGUCACAACGGAGGCCGCGCGACGUCACGUUCCCGGCCCCCGUCGUCACACGCUUCUGGCAACAACAAACACGGCGGUCCGUUUCGCUUUUGAACUUCAUCGGCGGUCGACUCUCCGCGCCUCGCUUGCCGCGACGCCUCACUCGGACGUCCGCCGGGCCCCGCGGCACGGCAAGCGAAUCGACGUCCCCGCCGCGAUGCCUCCGCUGACGCUCUCCUCGCGCUAAAGUGAUGGAGGGGGGCGAGAAGAUGGAGUCCGACGAUGUGGUGAUCGUCGUGGAGAACGAGGCGGAAAGCAAGCGCGCCGACGAGGCCCGGGGCGGCGCGAGGAUGAUGGCGGCGGCUCUGAUGGACGUGUGCCCCGUGUGCAAGCUCAGCUUCAGCAGCAGAGAGCCCAAGCUGCUGCCCUGCCUGCACUCCUUCUGCAAGCGGUGCUUACCCGCUCACAACGCGCCCGCCGGCGCCGCCAGCAACGCGCAGCAGCAGCAGCAGCUGAACAUGAUCCGCUGUCCAGUCUGUCAGCAGGAGUGCAUGGACGUCGAGGUCUUGGAUAAUUUCUUCGUCAAGGAUUCCGUGGAAGUGCCGAGCAGCACGAUGGAGAAAAGCUGUCAGCUCUGCAUGAGUUGCGACGAUAACACCGAGGCCAGCGGCUUCUGCGUGGAGUGCGCAGAGUUCCUGUGCGUCACCUGCAUCGACGCCCACCAGCGCGUGAAGUUCACCCGAGAUCACGCAGUCCGGCAGAUAACCGAAAUGUCCUCAGAGGCGAUGGGCGCUUCCACGCAGAAGCCCGUCUUCUGCGACGUCCACAGGCAGGAGCCGCUGAAGCUGUUUUGCGAAACCUGCGAUCGCCUCACCUGCCGAGACUGUCAGCUGCUCAAGCACAAGGACCACAAUUACCAGUUUCUAGAAGACGCCUACAAAAACCACAAGGAGCAUCUGGAAAACAUGACCUGCCAACUUCAAGAAAAGAAGAAAGUUAUAGAGGACAUAUCUAAUACCAUAAGCAAUGGUCUUCAACAGGUGGAUGAAAACCGCAAGACUGUAGCUAAUGAAAUCAAAAAAUCCAUCUGCAAUCUCAUAAUGGAGAUCAACAGGAAGGGGAAGUUAUUGGUCAAUCAACUCGAGGCGAUCACAAAGGACCACGAAACGUUCCUGAAAAAGCAACAGCAGGAUGUGACAUCACUCUCCACGCAUCUUGAUCACGUGAUCAACUUCACAAAAUGGGCCACAGCCAGUAAUAGCGGAACAGCCCUCCUGUACUGCAAGCGCUUGAUAACUUGUCAAAUUCAGUACCUCAUGCGAGCAAAGUGCAACAUCUCAUACGUUCCCCUGAGUUUGGUCCGGUUCCAAAGUCGAUCUGCUUUUUGGGCCUCCAAUGUGGAUCUUGGUUCUUUAGUCGUAGAGAAAACUCCAGUGCGUCAUCCCAGCGGACCGCAGCCAUUCCCUUUCCAGCAAAUGAACCCAGGCUCUAGACCUGACGGUCUACAGACCGGAUUCCCGAGCUCACAGUCCCAGCAGCAGCAGCAGCAGCGGCAAAGCACACUGGCCCAGCUGCAGAUGCAGGUGGAGAAACUCUCUCAGCACUCCAGCCGCCACCAAGCGCCCAACCAGUGGUCGUGGUACCACGGCAUGCGCUUACCGGGGCCGACUCCACACAGACCCAUGCAGGGUGGAUCACCGUCUCAGGCGUUACCCAACAUGCCUCAGCAUGGGCGUCGGUAUGGUGCGCGGAGCCCGCCGCCUAUGCUUCAGCCCACUAACUUACCUCCACAGGUGAAGACUUUGAGGGGUCUUAUCAGCAAUCCCACCUACCCUCCUAAACCGAUGGAGGUAGUCCCGAGAACCCGCUAUCCGCACGGUGCUGCUUUCUCUGGUGGAGCUUCACUUCCCACUCCACAGACGCUCAGUCAGAACAUGCAGGCGACGUCGUAUCUGAACAGGAGGUUUGAACCCAGCAUGCAGAUGUCUUCUCAAAGGCCCAGCUAUCAACCCAGUCACCUCUCCAUACCUACAGAGCGAACCGUACAAGGAAGACAAAUGUCCGUCACAUCAUCAGAACCAAAGACCAGUCCUGGCACUUGGAAGCGUGUAGAAGCCCCCCAGAGUGGCCCAUCAAACCCCUCCACCAAGAGGAGACGCAGGUCGUCUCCAGGACCGGUCAUUGUCAUCAAAGAUGAACCAGAGGACGAUGACGAAGUUCAUUUUGUCAACACUAGUGCUAAAGCUAGUCUUCCAGACAGCACAGGCGUUCAGUCUCAAACGCCACAAGGUGAGCAGCAGUCCGAGAAGACCCCAGAGGCAGACGAAGACCCCAAUGAAGACUGGUGUGCGGUGUGCCAGAACGGAGGAGAACUGCUCUGCUGUGACAAAUGUCCCAAAGUCUUCCAUCUUAGCUGCCAUAUCCCCACACUGACCGCCUCUCCAAGUGGUGAGUGGUAUUGUACGUUCUGCCGUGACCUUACCUCACCUGAAAUGGAGUAUAACAUCGGCGUUAGCGGAGAAUCGAACAACGUGAAGCAGGAUCCGGAUUCUGACGCUUUCACUCCUGUGGAUAAAAGAAAAUGUGAGCGACUGCUGCUUCGUCUUUACUGCAAUGAGCUCAGCACGGAUUUUCAGGAGCCUGUAACGCCAUCGUCGAUGCCAGAGUACAGUGAGAUAAUAAAGAUGCCAAUGGACCUGUCUGUGAUCAGAAGUAAACUGGAGGACAGCAGAUACAAGAGCACUGAGGACUUUGUUGAGGACGUCAGACUAAUUUUCAAAAACUGUGCAACCUUCCACAAGGAAGACACUGAGAUGGCCAAUGUGGGUGCUAACCUGGAGAGUUACUUUGAGGAACAGCUGAAACUUUUGUAUUUGGAACGGACAUUUGCAGGCGUGAAGAUGGAGAGCGUUGCCUCUUUGUGUCCUGAUGAUACAAGCCCCUUAUCAAAGACUCCUCCACAAGACACUUCCCCUGCUGAGGAAACCGUAAAACCCUCCGGUGAAGAUCCCUCUCCGGCGGAACCACACGCUAAAGAAAUUGAGAAGAAACCGGAGAACCUGGGCUCUCCUGCAGGACCCAGUCCAGCAGAUGCUGAAACGGACAGUAAACCAACUAAAGAUCCAACUUCCUGAACGAAUCUUCCUUGUUCAUCCUCUAAAGACUGGAUGGUGACAUGCACUUUCCUAGAGUGUGAAACCUCUGGUUCAAUUGCAAUAAUUAUAAUGUACGUUUUAAUUGUUUUAAGCAUUUGGGAAAUAGACAGUUUGUCCACUAAAGAUGUAAUAUAACAAUGCAAUGUGGAAUAUAGGCAUAAUAAAUACCUAUAUAAUUAUA